GCAGUGUUACCACGGCCGUGACGCCGACAGCAUGUCAGAGGCCUGCGGGGGGCCAGUGUUCGAGUGACACUAGUGAACAUGUGGGAUAUUGUGCUGGUGGCCGUGGGAUGUCUGGUGGCGGUGGGUAUCGAGGCAGGACUGCCUGGGCCACAAACUCCCUCUUUGGGCUUGGAGAGACACCAUCACCACCAUUCUCACCAUGUCCACGUGGUUUCCACGCAGCUAGAGCGGGCGCCCGCCUACCCGGACUACGAGGAACCCAGGAGGUCCUCCCCCAAAGAAGGAGAUCCCACGUGCCCAAAUUGUGUCUCGCACCACCACCCCCACCAACACCAUUCUACCAAGCACCACCGGCGGCAGGACAAGCCUCCCACGUUACCCAGUCAACAGUCUCUGCGGUUAGAGGCCAUCAAGACCCAGAUCCUGUCCAAGCUGGGGCUCUCGGCGAAGCCGAACAUUACCCUGACGGUGUCGCGGAAGGUGGUGCAGGACACGAUAGAACGUGCAGAGGCGGUAGAGGGGGUGGAGGAAGAGACGGCGCCGCCCACCACGAGAGUGCCCCAGGAAGUCUCGGAGCCCGACGACUUCUACGGACGCACUAGGGAGAUCAUCACGUUCGCCGAGCCAGGUCACUUGCUGAACGGGCAGGCUCUGCUGGAGUUCCCCCACCCCCGGACGUCGGAAGGAGAGGGGGCGACCUUGAGAGUAAAAAGUGCUUCCCUCUGGGUGAAGGUUCAGCCUGUCGACACCAGCCGCCGUAGUUCAACAGACCGCAACAUGACUUUGUGGAUAUUCAGGGUGCUGCCGAACCAGCUGGCAAACAACACCUACCUUAGUGGGAAGCAUUUCGAUGAGCACACGGAGAUGGCCGCGUCUCUGCCAGUGACCCUGUCGUCUCUAGGCUGGCAGCGGUUCGAGCUGACCCAUACGGUGCGUCAGUGGUACGACGCGUCCAACCAGAACCGUCUGGGUCUGCUGGUGGACUGCUCGGGGUGUACCAGCAGGGUGGAGGCCGUGCUGUUCCAGGGUGUGGUGUCGGACCGACCGUACCUCGUCGUCCACACGGAGUCCGUGGUGACACGACGUGUACGACGCCGCGCCAUAGACUGUCACGGCAACAACACCCUCUGUUGCAAGGAGAGGUUCUACGUGAGUUUCCGGGAGCUGGGGUGGGACGACUGGAUCAUCGCGCCUAGUGGAUACUUCGCCAACUACUGCCGCGGCGACUGCGGGGGGUUCCGCACACCCGACAUGAUCGCGAGCCACCACGCCCACGUCAUAGAGGAGUACCGCAAGAUGGACCGGCUGAACGGAAUGCAGCCUUGCUGUGCGCCUCUCAAGUUCUCGGCCAUGUCUCUCAUCUACUUCGGGCCGGACAUGACCAUCAUCAAGAGAGACCUACCAAAAAUGGUGGUGGACGAGUGCGGUUGUCCAUAAGUGAAUCUCGCCCUAGGAGACUUAUACGUAACUGAAUUACAACGAAAAAACGAAUUUAAUAGAGACUCGCUAAUUGAAAUUAUGAUCUUCCCAGAUGUAGAGCUAUCCGAAAUUUGUGAAUACGAGAACUGUGAUCUGAUUGUUAAGAUUUGUGGUUGCCUUCUUAUACAAGAAAUUUUUAUAUUCUUAUAUCGCGAGAUCGGACACCCCGCCGCGUAUCUCCGCGGAUGGUGCCGCUCACCGUACUAAUGUGACCAAGAAUUUUAACUUGUACAUCGUAGGACGAUAGCGAAUAUUGACUGACCUAGUUACUAUAAUUAAUUGUGUAAAUAAUACUCUAUUUUAUUAUAUGAAUAAAAAGAGGAUGUAAAAAUGUAAACAGAAAGAUGUACGUGAACAAGCGUGAUGUAGUAUGAAUACGGAUGUGUUGUUUUGUAAAGUUGUAGUCACUUUUCACUCAUAUCAUUCGUGUAUGUAGUAGAGUUCCUUGUGAUAAAUUGUAGUCAAACACGUCGCGGACGGUACGGACUUCUUUAGUUUUAAGUAAAUACUUCCAAUCUAACACGACAUUGACAAAAUUCAAACCGUCACAGAUAUCUAAGAUCCCUAUGAGAAAUCGCCAUUUCAAAAUUCUAUAUUUCAAUGCAACAUGCAUAAGAACCAAAAGGGAAAAAUUCAAAAAGAUAAUAAAUAGCCAAAUCUGGGGCUAUGUCAAUGCCAAUAAUGAAUGUAGAAAACUAGUUAUGCAAAGAUAAUAAAUUCGUUAAAUUGAAAAAAGAUUUUUAGAACGUAGGCUGAGGCAGAUAAAAGAAACACGAUACUGUAUCUAACUAAGUAAAUAAGAAUUAGUCAAAAAUGAGGCUAUUAGAAAAUGUAUUCAGUAACAGAGCAAAAGCCAAGAACUAAUUUGCAUUGUAUUAGUACAAAACGUAGUUUUUCGAGAACUCGUUAGAAAAAUACCUUUUAUUAAAGAAAUUGGCCGUAAAUCGCGCUUGGGGGCGAAAUUAAUGGAUAUUGAAUGGUUCAAAAUAUCAAGUAUUGUUUUUUUCUCAGAUCAUAUUUUUUUAAACUUUAGAAAAUAUAAAUAAAACGUUAGACACGUAAAUGAUGGAUACAUCACCGCCAGCUAACGAGAUAGUUACUGAAAUUUAUCAUGUUCAGCCAAUAUAGUCGAUCUUCAUAUGGUUGGCUGACGCUGAUUUAAAUUUCAUUGAGUUGGUUUUGAGUGUGUAAAUCUGAAAAAUAUGACCUGUGAAAGAAAUUAUCGUUUGAUGUUUUAGCCAAUCCCUUACACCCUGUCUCCCAUUUAGACCCAAACCAAAAACUAGCAUGAAGAACAGUUUUAUACUCAGGAGAAAUUUUGCUAUUGAUUAAAAAACUUGUUGUAUGCUUAUACUAUUCACAAAUUCACUCACUUGUAGAUCAGCUAACAUAAAAAUGGAAAUUUUGCAUAGCUCUAUGGCAGGAAUUAUACGAAAAACCAAUAUUAAGUUUUUAUAUUCAACCGAAACAACUUUCCGAUGUUCCUGACAAAUAUUUCUCAAAACCCUCCUUUAUAACUCGAACAGAGAGAUAAAAAGCUCUCGUAUUUCGUUUUUUAGUCCCUGAACCAGUCCUCAAUCAGUGAAAUUUAGAAGUGCGAUAAUCAUAAAUCAGUCGUAUUUAGUUCACUCACAUCUUUCUAGUGAUAGUUCGGCCCGAUGGAGGUGAGAACCCCUGUACAGUAGUCGCGCGUCUGUUAUCCUAGUGUCGGGCGCUGGUAGUACAGCGCGAUCAAGUAGCUAGUCACCCACCACAUCCCUUAGCUCUCCGUUCCACUAGAACAGUAGGCUCCGUGUACAGUAGACUAGUGUAGCACGCUCCUCUACCACAUCUGUGACCGCCUGCCACAAUUCAUUUCUGUGAACCUCCGUUCCGUCGUCAUGAACUGUGAAACGUCUGUGUUUUUCAGCUGGCUAAUACCAUCUUCUGUUAACUGUACUUACGUUACUGUUUACGUAGCGCCUUUACCAAACAUGCUGUGCGCUACAGGUUGUGUUAGAAUGUAAUGUGUCUGCUAUUGUUAUAAAUAUGACUAAUCAUCAUUACUGGUUACACGAUCCGUAGCUAUCACCUUCACCUAUCUUGUAUUUAUGGUUUUGUUCACACUUCCUCAGUGAUCUUUCAGUAACGCGAACACAUUAAAUUGUGCUUCAUUUGGACUUUGAUUUUGUAUACAGAGAAGAUAUCAGGGUGUUACAUCGCUACUGUAACUUAAGUUUAAUUUUUGUUAAAGACGAAUCUCUUAGAAAAUAAUUAGUGCUAAUUACUUGAGUAAUUCUUCAAAGGGAGUAAUGCAAUCUGAAUUUGAAUGUACUGGAAGUAAUUCAGCACCAAUCAUUCAAUAGCACCACUGUUUCCUUAGGUGUCUUCCAAAAAUAGUUGGGUUCUUCAAUUAUGGGGCUCUGUGCACUAAAUAUGACUAUCUUCUCUGUACACAACAUUAACUAUAUAAAAUACAUUCGUGUAUCAUCAUUUGAUCCGUGUGUCUAUGCAUCAUUGUACAGUAGUUAACUCCUCUCCCGUGUUUCAUUUCCUUGUUAGCUUCUAAAGCUCAUGUUAGCUCACUGUAUAAUAUGAACAUUCUGCUUUUGACAAUGCGCAGCAAAAGUUCAUAAUUUAGGAAUAUUUGUAAUAGAGAUAACGUGUUCAUGUGACUGCCACCAAUGUACUUAUGUUCGCUUCUAUUGUACGUCCCGCUCGCUUUCGGUUCACCAUGUAUUUCUGUACACAAUCAGAGGUUCUAUAAAUGUUUACACAAGUGGAAAUAUUAAAUGUAUUGAGAAUGUAACAGUAUUUAAGUAAUACUAAAUAGUACGUUGUUGCACAGCUUACCCUCCUUGGUGAUAAAAUUGAGUGGAUAAUUUUAGCACUUUGAAAUGCAUUUAUUUAAUUUCCUCGAUGAAUGAGAGUUAUCUGUAGAUAUAUUGAGCAGCUGAGUGUAUGUCAACUUUCGUAACUCUAGAACUGAAUUGUAGAUAAAUUUUCAGUUUGAUAUUUCAGGCAAUACCUAUUGUUAUUUUAUUCCUGUGCAUCUUGUUACAUUUAUUUCACUUUAUUAAUGGUCUAAAAUAUUCUUAACCAUAUAAUAUAAUGUCAGUUUACUUAAGUUUUAUAAAUAUUUAGUUCAUCCUUUUCAAGUUUUGGGGGGAAUAAGACUUAUAAGUAUGUAUAUUAUUAUUUGUUUUUGGGCUACUACCUGUUUUAUAGUAUUAUAAAUUAACUUUUCGUAUUUAAUUAGUUGUAAGGUCUGUUUCCACUUUUGUUACUCGCCAUCUAUUCAUAGUAUGUGUAUUUAACAAUGGCUUCAACGAAAUAAUGCCUUCCUUUCACCUUAAUUGUGGAUUUCAUUUAUAGGUGUAUUUCCAUUUCGAUGGUUUAUUAAUAAAGAGACUAAUAAUAAUAAUUACGCGUAGUAAUAGAACCGUAAUGUUUUCUUUUGCUGCGAAACAAGCCUGUGAUUUUUUCAUUCCGUUGAUGUUUUGUAUUGUUUAUAUAGUGUUUAAUUGUGUAUAUUUUUGUAUGUUUUCUUUUAUUUGUAGGUCAUUGUAUAGUACUAAAGUAGUUUUGUUACAUUUAUUGUUACAUUAUUGUGAUAACCUCGGGGUGGAAGAGAUUAGGGCUAUGUCUCCAUUAACUAAAUAGAACUGACCAUUUUGAUAUCGAUAGUGUCCCACGGUCAAGAGUUUAAACUGUUCUUAGGCCCACUUAUAGUUAGAAAAUGUUAAACCCGUUUAACCCACCUAAAAAUAGAACGUAUUAGCCAAUCGAUGAAACAGAAAGAGAUAUACGUGUGUACCAUAAACCGCAAUAAAUCAAGAGAGUAAGCGAGCUAAAUAAAAUAAAUAUGUAAAUUGAUAAAAUAUAGGUAAUAAGCUCAACUAUGUUAGAAAGGGUUGUGAAUAAGCAAUUGUUAUGUAGAUAGACAAUUUGUAAACGAUAGGGGUGGCUCAAAGACUGAGGGGCUGUUGUUCUUUAGCAUUCAGUAUGGACGAGCAAUACUGUUCUUCUUUACUUCUGGGUUGUUUUAUAUUAUGUUCUUUUAACAGUUACAAUAUCAUUUAUAAAAAAUAGUUUUAACAACGAGUUCAUUUGAACAAUAUCUCUCAAAACAUGACGGGUUUUCCUUUCCUAAAAAAAUUGCCAUCUGAAAUAUAUCAGAGAAUGGAAAACAACAAGUCAAGUCAUUUAAAUACUCACUGCCUGACCAGUAAAUACCAUCCAUGAACUAAGAAAAAUUAUUACGUCAUUAAGUUUGAAAACCGCUUUGCUUUGGAAUCGAAGAUCCAUUAUGUUCUCAUCUCUUUAGUUCUCAACUAAAUCGUAAAAAUGACAUCAUUUUAGAUUAAUUAAGUCAUUUGACUCUGUAAUAACUAGUAUAACAGUCAUUUGUAUUUAAGAAAUAUCUAUCAAAAUAAGAAAAAAAUAUAAUAAAAUUCCUAUGACCAUGAAGACUGAA